AUGGGGAGCAUAGAAAAGGCGUGUAUAUCGGGAUUUCUAUGCCGACUGUGUUCAGAGAUGCACCGCACAGUAAUACAUAUUUAUAGUGAUCAUGGCCAGCGUUUGUGUCUUGUUGAGAAAAUCAACGGUUACCUACCAAUUACAAUAUCUCCGACUGAUCCAUUGCCAAAAACCAUAUGCAAAUCAUGUCUGCAUCGCGUGGAGCAGCAUUACUCUCUCCUGAUGCGUCUGACACGGAUGCGGGAGGAGCGCAAGUUUAAGUUAAUCAAAUACAAAGCACAAAGAAAUCCCUCGAUAUCCAGCGUGGAAUCGGAAGAGGACGUGAUAAAUUCAAGCUCGGUUCACGAGUGCCCCAAUCGGAAUGAGGAGGAUCAAGCGACCCCCCGCAGCGAGUCGACGAGCACCGCAGCUGAAACUCGUCCACAGACCCAGGAAUCCCAAACCCCCAAGUCAAGAAAGACCGCAGUGUCCACACGAAAGAGAAGCGAAAGGCACGAUGCCAGUGGUGCUGGCCCCAGCAAUAGACACCGAAAGAAAGAGACUGGCACAGGCAACUCGGAAAAGGUUGAAGGAACCCAUGCAGAUUAAUGACUGCUAACCUCGUCUCUGGUCGGUGGAGCUAUAUAUACGAGUACAUAUGUACAUAUAUAUAGACGCGUUUGUGUGUACGUUUAGAUUGGAAUAAAGUAAGCAUUGUAUUUAAUUGUCUAGUAAAUUUCGAAUACAGAUUAUAAGUGUACCAUUUAAA